AUGGGUUCGUCAACCAACCCCUGUCAAAACAGCACGAUUACACUCCAAGAGCAGGAACACCCCAGGAGCCCAGGAGCGCAAAGAGACAUGGCCACUCCCCGACUCCCCAUGCCGAUGGGACUCUUCACCCUCCCACCCGAGCUGCUCCUGCUCAUCUGCCGUCUCCUUUGCUCCGUCGACGUCGCCUGUCUCUCGCUAUGCAACCACCGAUCCCUGCAACUAUUGGGCGACCGACUCGCCAACCCCAACUUCAAGAUCGACAAAGCGAACAACCACAGCCGAAAGCGCGAGAUCCUGCUGACCCGGCUGAGCAAGGACAACCCACACUUCUACUACUGUCACUUCUGCUCGCACCUGCACCACUGGGACCGCGUGCCUCUCCCCGGCCCGGCAUUCCACCCGAACAAGCCCGCGCUUCGCUGUCUCCAAAAUACAGACCACAUCCCGCUCCUGGAGGCAACGCGCGUGCACAAGAACUUCUCCUACUACAAGUUCUACUACCAUCACCUUCAACUCGCGAUGCGGCGAGCCUUCUACGGUGAUAAAUACGGCAUCUCGACGCGAGCCCUGCAAUUCACCGAGAUCCAGACCACACUCGACUCAGACAUGAUCACAUUGCUAGCUGUGGAAGCGCGCAUCAUUAAAUCACCGACCCCGAGCCUGGGCCUGCGCAUCCAGAACAUGAUCGCCAUCAAACGAUCCGAGAUCGCGCUGCUGGACAGCUCCAAGAUCGGCUUCCUGGGAAUCUGCGGCCACCUCGACAUGACCCGCAACUUACUCCCAACCCUAAUCGCCGAAACCGUGAAGACCUACCUUAACAAACCCGCGGAAAACCAAUGCCAGAUAAAAAUCAAAAUCUGCGCCGCCUGCCACACAGACUACAAGCUCGAGAUCAAAGAGUACGGCACCGAGUGCCUCGCGCUGGUGAUCACCAAAUGGCUGGACCUGGGUUCAGGCCACCGAUUCAACGACCCAAAGUGGAAAGCCCAUGUUCACUAUAACUGCGAAGUCAGGGAGGUCGGCCCGCGGCGCGAGGCGGGCCGGACACGCAUGUACUUUGAGACAGCGCUUGGAGGGACAGUCUCCGAGACGCUGGCUACGGCGAUGAAUCUGUGCUGGUUGUGGAAUAGGAAUUUCACGGGCAGGACGGGGAUAAUGAAGUGGGGAGAUUCGGCGUGGAUCUCGCAGCCGAAUUCGCCAGAGGGCUUUCUUUAUCAGUAA